UAGAAAAACGUAGAAGAAGGAACGUGUUUCCGGUGUGAACUUCCGCCGGCAGAAACCUCAUGUUGUACAGCAGAGACCGGCCAGAAAGUCGAACCAGAUCCGGUGUUUGUCUCUGUGGAGCUGACUGACCAAUCAGAUGGCCGAGGUGGUGCCAGAGAAAAGUCGUGGGUUGAAGUUUGCAGAGCAGCAGCUCCUGCGUCACGGCUGGGAACAAGGGAAAGGACUCGGGCGAGCUGAGAACGGCAUAUCGGAGCCCGUGAAAGUCAAAGUGAAAUGUGACAAAGGAGGAGUCGGUCAUAAAGAAGGAGAGCAGUUCAGCUUCCACUGGUGGGAUCAUGUUUUUAACAAGGCCUCAGCCAGUCUGCAGGUGGAGACAGACCAGAAUGGGAUUAAAUUAAAGAAGACGGCAGAAGAAGGUGAAGAAGACGGAACAAUCUCCAACAGAAAACCACGGAAAGCUCUGCUGGCAAAAAGCAAACUUUACGGAUGUUUUGUGAAGUCGGCCACGCUGCUGUCGGGCCAGGAGCAGCCAGAACCCAAAUCAUCAGUUUCAGACUCCAGCAGCAGCUCUGAGGAGGAGGAGGAGCAGAAACUGGAUCUGUCCAGCACCACAAAGCUCUCUGACUCUGAGCUGAUGAAGGUCUGUGGAGGACGAACGGCUCACAAGGGAGCGAGGCACGGACUGACCAUGAGCGCCAAGCUGGCCCGGCUGGAGCAGCAGGAGGCCGAGUUCAUGGCCAAGUACGGCAAGAAGAGCCAACACACGCCUUCUUCAUCAGUCUGUGUCGAACAGACUCCGCCCACUGUUGGAUCAGAGCCGACAGAGGAGCCUCGCAGACAGAAGACUAAGAAGAAGAGAUCCACAGAGAGAUGUAAGGAGCUGAAUGAGGAGGAGGAGUGUGAGAGCACUGAAACAGACAUUAAACCAAAGAAGAAGAAGAAGAAAGAUCAAACCAAGGACAGACUUCCUGCAGAGGGAGACAGAAACUGUCGAAUCAGUGAAGGAGCUGCAGAGUUCAACUCUGACUCCAAACGAAAGAAGAACAGGAAAUCUUUAAAAAACUACGCUAAAACACCAGAGGAAGAGGGAGAAUCCGUCCAAUCAGGUGACAGAACACAGGAGGAGGCAGAGCUUACAGAGAGCCAGAAAAGAAAGAAAAGUAAAAAAGACAAAUUACUGACAGAGAAAAGUGACGAAGAUUUGUUUCCACCAAAGAAGAAGAAAAAAUCCAAACUGACGACAAACUGAUCUCAGCUGGUUUUAGACAUAAAAUAAAUUUAAAUGAAAUGUUUGAAGUUUUCCUCUGAUUAUUAUGAACAUUUAGACUUUUUUAGAUUUUUAACUCCAGCCAACAUUAAAGAUGAAUUUCUCUGCAAACUGCAGCUUGUUUCAGCUGAUCUCAGAGGUUUCAGUAAGAAGAAAUGUUUUAUUUUAAUCCUGGGUUGAUCUGACAGAACAUGAAAUGUGAUCUUUUUUCAAAAAUCUCAUUAAAUCUUUAACUCAGAGGAAAGUGAUGCUUUAAAAAUUUAUUAAAGAUGAAAAACAGUUAAAAAUUCAUGUUUUUAUUCAAAUUAAACGUUUCAAACGUCA